CGAGUCCGGCGGGACGCAACUCCGUUGCGGGCGACGCGUUUGCGUCAUCGCGCCGAUUGUUUCGGCACACUCGGCAAUUCGUCGUAGAGCGGACCCUCUACGGGGGUCGGUGCGAGGGGGUGCGUUUCCUCUAUUGUGUGUCGCGCGCGCGGCCGCUGCUGCACUGCUCGUCUCUCGCUACAUGACUCCACGGGCUCGCGGAUACUCCUCGCUGACGAUCGAGGUCAACGCGUAGAGGCCUCGGCGUGCGGACGGUGGCGUCGCGCGUUGCGCAGACGGAACGGUGACAGCUGACCCGAUGUGACGGUCUUGGGGACUCGCGUCCUCGCCCGCGUACAUCUGUACUCACUUUGCACCUGCGAGCCCUACAUACGCCCGUGGACGCGCUGGCUCCGCCAAACGGUCAGUGCACAGGCAGGGGGGGAGAAGAGUUUUCCAGAGGGCUGUACCGGAGCAGUUGCUCUGCAUCCAGCGAUCAUGGAACAGGUGAUCGCGCUGAGUACGCAAAAUCCGUUGUCCUUGUUGGUUAAAUUCGGCAUGAUGGCCUGGAACAACAGCUGCGGGAACGAUAACUGCUCCGGCCAUGGGGAAUGCCACAACGGGACCUGCCUGUGUGAGAUCCAGUUCGACGGGCCGGAGUGCCAUAUCCCGAAUCUGAGCUACUACAUAGCCUUCGCGUCCAUUUUUUUCCUACUGGCUUUCGUCUGCCUGAUACAGCUCGUCAUGUGCAUCGUCGCCGAGUGGCAGCGCAUGAAGGCCCCGUCCUUCCUGCGAGCGUGCCGGGUCACCAAUCAAAAGCUGCUCUACUUCGUGGUUUUCCUCGCGUCGAUCAUACGAGGAGCGUACUUCACGUCGCCGACCGCCUUCAAGGAGGGUUGGUCCAGGAGUUUGCUGUCGGCGUAUUAUCCGUUGCUCCUGAGUGGGUCGUCGCUGAUCGUCUGCUUCUGGGCCGAGGUGGUUCAUCUGAGAGACAUUCGCUGGGACAAGCCUCAAUUCUUGUCAAAGUCUUUCCUGGCCUUCGUCGUCUUCAACAUAAUAACCUACUCCCUCUUGUUGGCGGAGUUUAUCACGGCCCAGACCUAUUCACAAGUAGAUCAAAGCUUUUAUACUCAUGUAUUCAACGGCUGCUACGCAGUGCUCCUGUUCAUCGUAGUGAUCUUCUUCUUGAUAUACGGAGUGGAAGUCUUUUUCAAAGUUCGCGGUGGAUUCUUAAAUGAAUGUCACGUUGCUUCCAUCGCAACGAACAAACGCGUAGCUGAUACGACAAAAGUCCACGCCGAGGAUCAAGUCACGGCGAAACUGUUCGAACCAGGUCCAUCCACGUCCACUGCGGAGCCUGUGCAUAUGCAACAAGUGAAUACGUCCCAGUUGCAUCAGUCGAGAUUCGGAUUGCUCUCGCAAGCGUUUAUGCUGUUCAUAGUAGUUGGUUUCCUGUUCAGCGAGACCCUCAGUGAAUUUUGGAAGACAAAGGUGCCGCUGUACAGCAGGAAUUGGCAUGACGUUGUAUUUCGUGUUAUCGAGGUUGGCGUAGCACUAUGGUUUCCUUGUGUUCUAUGGAAUUGUAUGAGUCCGGAACAAUUGUGGAUUCUAAAUCCGAAGCGCAUAUUGAAGAGACUAGAUCUGGAUCAAGGGAAGCACAUAAAGGAAAUUGAGCUGCAGGAAAAGGGCGCGUCUCAAGAUACCGCGUUUCUCUCCACCGAUACAGCGUCGAUUACCAGCAAGGAUUGCUGGAUCUGUUACGAUAGCGAGAGACAAGAUGCUGGUCCAUUGAUACAGCCAUGCCAAUGUAGAGGUGAUGUAAGCGCUGUACACCACGACUGUUUGCGUCGCUGGCUCGUUGAGAGUUCUGUAAAUGCUGACAGUCUUGUCUGCAAAGUCUGCAACACGAAAUAUAACGUUGAACAUGCCAGCCGACUGGAUUGGCAAAACAGUUUGACCCCACGCCAUUGUCUGCAGACUAUUGCUAUUGUUACCACGAUGUGUGCGUCUUCUGCUGCUGCCUGGAUAGUUAUCCAGCUUGUAGAAGGGCCAAUCAUUAGAAUGCUCGCAGCUGGAACCGCAUUACUGAUUAUGUAUGUCUGCAUAAGAUUCUUGAGCUUGAAUACCGUUGUAGCGUAUCAGCGAGCCAAAAUUUCAUCGUUAAAUAUUGUUAACAGCGGUAGCGAGGACAGCGGGGCCGCACAUGUUACUACAAUUAGUCAUACGAUUUCGGUGGAUUUGACCAAGUCGGACAUGGCCACGAUAUAAUUCAUACUUGCCAUUGUGUUACGAACACAAGUAUCUUCCUACCUGAAGUAGAAAGAUUCAAAAUAGGAUAAGUAGGUAAUAGAUUAACACGGAUGUGUACGCUGUCCAAGCGUAUGUAAUGAUAAUGUACAAAACGACGAUGAUUAAGGCACAAUAUGUCUCUACUCAGAGUCUUCACGUGCUUCUAUAAAACCCUUGUUUUAUAGAAUACGAAAUGAGAAAACUGAGCAGAGACAUACUGCAGGUGCGUUCGCGGGAGCUCACUAUCAGCGCUAUUCAGCGCUGAAAACGUCAUUCUAUCCUUGUUACUCAUUAUGCGUCAAAGAAAGAUUGAUGACAUUCUCAGCGAUUUAAUAGCGAGCUCCGCGACCGUACCCCGUGUCUAUAUUUUCACGAUAGAUUUAAAAGAGUUGCCAAACUUCCAUAUUUUACUUUUCCUGAUUGUUUCAUCAUAUGACAUUCAUACGUGUUUUCAUCGUAUUCAUAUACUCGUCAUGUCGCAUAUAAUGUAUGUAUAAUUUAUAUACCUAAGAAGGUAUUACAGAAUGUGGACGAGAUAUGACGAGAUAUACUUUAGUUGCUUCGUUUUGUUGAAGAUAUUACGUUAAUGAUACAUAUUCAUAUAUAAGCAGUAAAAAAUUAAAUAUCGAGUAUUUUAAAUUUUGAAUUAGGUUGUAAAAAGUAUAUCAGUAGCAUAAUUAAUCGCUAUUAACAAAACACGACUUCCGAACAUAGAUAAAAGAUACAAUCUCAUUGGUGCAAUUUACCCAUUAGUAUUUAUAAUUUUGUUAAUGGAUAAUUUAUUAGCAAGUAUUAAAUAUUUAAAAGGAAUGUUGUAUAGAAGAAUGUAUAACAUAGUCAUGUCAUACAUAGAUUAAGAAUAUAUCAAAAGAUAGACUUUCCAUUUAAAUAUCAAUAAGAGAUUGGCAAUGUUUUAAAUUGCUUUACUGAUUAGCUUACAUUUUCAUCAUUCUCGACAUCAAAAAAUGAACGAAAUUAAUAAAUCUUCAUUUCUUUCGAUAAGUUCACAAUAAAAGAAGACCAUUGUUGUUAUAGAUUGUAUUACAAAACUGAAUCGGUGUAGUAUUAAGCUUUUUAUGUUAAACUAAGAAAUCAUGUUGCAUUAUUAUUAAGAAAACUAGUUGAAGUUGAAAAUGUACCAGUUGUGGCAAUAUUGCAUAAAUCGUAUCUUUAAUUAUAUAAACAAUUUGACUGUUAAAAUGGACAGAAAUUACGAAUUUUUUUACAAAAUGCUAAAAUUUGCAUUAUUUCUAGAAGUAUCUUUAAAAUAGUAGAUAAUAUAUUUCAUAAUUCUUAUAUGUACAUAAAAUUAUUAAGUGUUGAGUGUUAUAAGGAUUAUUUUCUUUACAGGAUAUUUUAUAUAAAAUUAAUGAUAAAUUAGAUAUUAUGAAAUAAUGCAUUAUUAAUGCAAUUAUAUCCUUUGUAUUUUGAAUUUGUCAUGAUAUGUCAUGUAUAUGAUAAUUACUUUAAUGUCUUAACAAGUAUUCAGUUUUAGAAAGUAUUGAAGCAUUAAAAACCCAGUAAAAAAAAAGAUUCCAUACAUAUUAAGUAGAUUUUAAUGAAAAACAAUUGAUCUUAACUGCAUCUGAUAAUAAUCGUACUAUAAAAAGAAAUUUUUAAAAGCUCAAGAAGUACAGUAGCUAUACAAUUACAGCUACAUCCCUGUAUUAUUAUAUUAAAACAGAAAAUUGUGCAGCAACAGUACGCUUACCUAACGCAAUAAUGAACAAAAUUCGUAUUACUAUAUAUUUUGUUAGAGAACAACAUUGGUUAGGUUAUAAUUUACUUAUUGAUUGCAUUUUUGGUUUAACAUUACACCCAGCUAUUAGCAUAUAAUUGAAAAGCAAGUGGAAAAAAACAAAAUUAUUUUCUUAAUUCAAUGUAACUGAUUAUAAUUUCUUAUGCGGAUAAAACUUAGAAAUGCUAACAAUAAGUAAUAAACGUCUUCAUAAUAUCGGUAUAUUUACAAGUAUUACGUUUACUAAAUAUAUAUUGGAAACUUAUUAAACAAUAAUAGUGAUAAGCUGUGAUAUCAUGUAAUGUAAGAUGUUCAUAUUAAUGGUAUGUAAUAAAAUAUAUUAUAACACAAAA